ACGAAGUCUUCUGUCUCCCCGGCCACUACUUCUAGUACCACUAGUGCGGGUACUCCUGCUACAUCGUCGACGGCUAGCUCCAGUGCUUCAUAUUCCGCCUCGUCGUCCUCGGGCAUGAUGACGAUCGUAAAUCUCGACAGCACACUGAGCGGUACCGAUUCUACGACAACCACUACGAAGACUACUACAUGAGGCAUCGUAGACAGGCCGUUUUACAACGAUACGUCACCUUCGACAGCGACAACGUAGGCAUUUCGACUCAGGACGAAUCAUCGGGCACCUUCUUCUCUUGGGGAUCCGAUGGACAAAUAACCACGGAUACAGGGAUGCUGGUCGGCAGUGAGAGUUCGGCAGCGAGUUCGCGCCUGAUUCGGUCGCUCAUUUCUCCGGACGGAUUCAAGAAUUGGUCAUUGCCUUCUCAGACGAUUCAUCUUCAGGGCGCCGGUGCUUUCUGCUUUAUUUCUGGGGAGAUCUAUGUCAUGCUAAGCACUGCUAGUUGUGAAGAAUCUAUUGACCUUGUUCAAGCUGACCCAAGUCAAGCUACCACGUCGUCCACAUUGAUCACAGUGUCUAUGUCAAACGCCACAAGUUCAGUAACCACAAUCUCAAGCAAUACCACAUCCGCUUCCACGACUGGGAAGUCGGCAUCGACGUUCACAACGUCUACCCACUUCACAACCGUCGACGGAAGUACAAUUGAGAGUACUACUACUGGAAUCACUGUCAGUAGUGAGAAUGCAACAACUGCAACCAGCGCGAGUACGAUAAACCCACCCAGUCAAAGCACUACUACGACAGCUGAUAAUAGUACCUCUACAGCCAGCAAAGGCACUACGACAUCUAGCCACAAAAUGACAGCUAGAGCAAGCGAUAGCACAACUACAACGAGCCAAAGUACGAUUACAAACUCAACCAUAGCCAUCAACACCACGACAACCACAGCCAUACCGAGCACUACCACAAGCGUACCCACAAGUACAACGACAACCACAACCAUAUCGAGUACCACGGUAGGCCCGACUACGACUAGUGCUACGUCUAUAUUCACGACAACGACGACGACGACCGACAUCACAUCUACCACCACCGACAGCACAACAACAACUAUCAGCAGUAUACCGCCCUUCACCAAUAGCACAACGACCACCGGUACCAUAACGAGCACCACCAAUAGCACAACGACCACCACCGAUAGUGCAACGACCUCCACUACGACUACUACUGGUUCUACCACCACACCAACUUCAAACAGUGCAUGUAUUGAGGUUUCCACCACCAGCACUUCUGGUUAUACAUACACCUUCGAAUCGAUAUACACUGGUUAUGGAACGAGGACAGAUCCCGGGACCUACUCUAAAAGUCUAUCUGUUCUCUUUCCUCCGCUCACCACCAUGAUCUCUGGGAACGUAUCAACUUGCGACGCUGUCCAGCAGUGCGUGAACAUCGCAGUCAGAGAUCCAGUUGUUUACGAUGCCAUUGAUCUUCACUUUUCAAUCUCGAACAGUACCUGGGUUUGCGUACAAUAGACUACCGCCUUAAUUAUGAUCCCAAUGCUCACAUGGCCAUUACAGACUCGGAUGUGGCGAACGUUU